UUUGUUUACUUGUAUCUUAUCACUUUUCGAACUAACAUCAUGGAGAUUCUACAUGCAUUUAUAUCUUUAGGACUACUUGGGUUUAUACAAUCAUUUCUUUUGCAUCAUGAUAUUUGUGAAGAAAUCAUGUAUGUGGACUGUAAGAGAGAGGCUUUACCCGGAAAUAGACUAUAUCGAGAUAACAAUGGAAACAUUUACGAAAAUUUUUGCACAUACACUCAAGCCAAGUGUAAAGACAGUUCUAUUGAUUUAGAAACAGUGUGUACCUGUGAGCAUCCUACCAUUAAUACUCAAGUUACCUUGAAACCUUUGACAACACAAACUACAGUACAACCAAUGGUAAAAUCUACUACACACUCGACCAAAGCAUCAUCAACAUUAAUUAACGUGACAAGUGGAAAAUCUACAACUGUUCCAUCAAGUGAACCUGUAUCAACACAGAACACUUUGGUAUCAGCGUUUUGCAAAAAUAAGGAUUUGGUUUCUUGUCCAUCGAACGUGGCAGUUGUAUGUGGGUCAGAUAACAAAAGUUACAACAGAUGUGAGCUCGCCAAGGCUCAGUGCGACAACCAAAAUCUUUCGAUUGCUCGGGAAGGAGCAUGUUAAUGUAUGUGUGAUAUUCAUGAAUGGUUUUUAAGCAAAUAUAAAUUUAUUGUCUAAUUGGUGUUAAAUAUGAUGUUCCGUAUUUUGAAUGAAGAAAGUAAACGUCUAUUUACAAAAUAAAGCAAUCACUACUAACUAGUCAGAACAA